UGAAAACUCAGCGGAGACGCCCAACCACACUAUGUCAAUUUCCCAGGAUACCAAGAUCCUGGAGGUCAAGAUAAGGCCUUGGCAGAAUCCGAAGGAACGAACGGAUCAGAAAGGCGUGGCACGUGUUCACCUCUCCAGCCAUGCUCUCCAGGAUCUGGGACUCAAGCCCGAACAGACAUGCUAUCUAUGGAAGGCUGAAGAUGGCCCGGAGAAGCGGAGGCAGGCUGUCGUAUGGUAUUCUCAUGAGAAUUCUAUGAGGAAGAAUGUCGCCCAGAUAUCAAAGACGUUCCAGGAUGUAUGUGACUUCAACCUUGGGGAUGACCUGAAGAUUAGUGCUGCCGGAAAUCUGGCUAUAGCAGAGUCUGUUGUUUUGAAAGAUAUUACCCCUCCUGAAGAGAAUAAUCAAGCGAUUCCUGAACUUGAUCGGCCUUUUUGGGAAUCGCAUAUUGCAGAAAGUCUUUGGCUUGCCCAGGAAUUGUUUCCUGGUAUGACAUUCAGCAUCUCUCGUAGGGGCAGUAAACGGACUUUCAAGGUCGUAUCUAUCAAUGGCAGCCCAACCAAUAUGGGCAAGUUCAAUGAGAGCUCGACCGUGAAGAUAGGCAGCGAAAGCAACGAAACGAGCACGCAACAGAACGGGCUCACACAUCGUCUCGAGGUCGUUGACAUCGCAGGUAUUGACCAAGCUUUGAAGAAGCUGAAUAGAUUCCUGAGCAGAUUUGAUCGGAAUUUCAUACACACUGCUCCCAAAUCAUGUGCUGCCCUUUUGCAUGGUGGGCCAGGGACGGGCAAGACCUUCAUUAUGGAGAAAAUUGCAAGCACCGGUUGGGGAAGGGUGUUUGAAGUCGGAAGCACUGUCACACCAGCGAACAUAAAAUCCAUCUUUGAGGAGGCCAAGCUUAGCCAGCCGAGCGUCAUACUCAUCGACGAGUUAGAGUCAAUCGUUUCGAGGGAGGAGCCAGUAUCAUUAGCGAUUGCUAAGGCUUUGGGUAAGGAGCUGGAUAACCUCCUUAAGGGUCAUUCAUCAAAUUCUUUGCCUCGCGUUUUGGUCAUUGCAGCUACACAAGACGCUGGAAGGAUACCAAUUUUCUUGAAGAAGAGAGGCCGAUUCACGACAGAGAUAGUGCUACCACUACCAGAUGCUACAGCGCGAAAGAUGAUUUUGAGGUCUUUGGACUUUCCACUCCAUCCAUCAGCACGAGACGAGAUAUUGGACAAACUUGGAGAUCGGACACAUGCUUAUAGUGCCCAGGAUCUGGUGCUACUACAGGAUGCAGCCAACGAAUUCUUUGAGGACAGGGCAGAAGAGAAGGGUUGGGAUGGGAGUGAAGAAGACUGCCAUUUAACGCAGGAAGAUAUUGAACAAGCGCUGCUCUUGGUACGACCAACAGCUAUGCACGACAUAACAUUACAACCGCCGAAAGUCAAAUGGGAGGAAAUUGGAGGUCAGAAGAGCGUCAAGGAUGAACUUCGCGAAGCCGUUGAGACUCCGUUACUUUACCCCGACUUGAUGAAGCGAGUGGGCGCUACAGCCAAGAAAGGUAUCCUGAUGUACGGACCUCCAGGGUGCUCGAAGACCCUGAGUGCCCAAGCCAUGGCGACAGAGAUCGGCUUCAACUUCUUUGCUGUCAAAGGCGCCGAGCUUCUCAACAUGUACGUUGGCGAAUCUGAGCGGCAGGUGCGCGAGGUCUUCGCCCGCGCCCGCGCUGCAAGCCCCAGUAUUAUCUUCUUCGACGAGAUCGAAUCCAUCGGCAGCAAGCGCGAAGGCCGCAAUAACGGCGUCAAUGUCCUCACGACCCUGCUGAACGAGAUGGACGGUAUCGAGACCCUGAAAGGCGUCAUGGUACUCGCUGCGACGAACAAACCCCAGGCCCUCGAUCUGGCUCUGCUCCGUCCUGGACGCUUCGACAAGCUGCUCUACGUCGCCCCGCCGGAUCUCGUCGGCCGCGAGGAGAUCCUCAAAAUCAGAACACGCCGGAUGGACAUCGCGCCAGAUGUCGACAUUGCGGAGCUGGCGCGCCUGACGGAAGGCUAUUCCGGGGCGGAGCUGGUCAGCAUUUGCUCGCAGGCCUGCGAUGCCGUGAUCCGAAAGUGCAGGGAGACGAAGUUGGAUCUGCAGGUUUGUAUGGAGGAUCUCUUGAACGCUAUUCGGGUCGUGAAGAAACAGAUCACGCCGGAGUUGGUUAGGGGCUAUGAGAAGUGGGCAGCGGGCAUCAGGGGAGAUACCGAUUAGUUGAUAGAUAUUGAUAGGGCUUGGUAAUGGAAGUACUGUAGCCCUCGUAUCCGGAACUGAAAUGUGUGUGUGUUGCGCCCUGGUGUUUGGAACUGACAGUAUCUAAUGCCUGAACUAUAGAGCACGGGAGGAAAUAUAAGCCUUCUGCAUUACUUAGAUUUCUGGGAGC